GGGGCGGGGCGGGGCGCGGCGGGCCAAGUGGCAGCGCGCCGCAGCCAAUGGGAAGCCGAGGAGGCGGUGGCCGCGUUCCAUCCCGGCGCGCCGGAGCCAAUCGCGAGAGGCGGCGGGGCGGGGGGGCGUGGCCGCCGCCGACACCGGGCCGCGCGGCGGAGCGCUCCCCGCCGGGGCCCCCGGCCGCGGCCGCCGCCGCCGCCCCGCAUGGAGCCCGAGCGCCCCCCCGCCGCCUGCGCCCUGCUGCUGCCGCCGCCCGCCGCUGCCGCCGCCGCCCGCCGCCGCCGCGCUCGCCGCCGCCUCCCUCCCGAGCCCGACGGGGCCCCGCAGGCUGCGCUGCCCCGCCGGGGGGCGCGGGGCUGGCUGCGGCGCCUGGGGGAGCCCCUGGGGCUGGACCCCCCCGAGCAGGAGGCGAUGCUGCGGGUGCUGGACGCGGGGCUGGAGCGGUGCCUGGCGCUGCACGCCGCCUGCAUCCCGCUGCCCCGACACAGAAAGCUCCCGGGCAAGGCGGGCAUCGACGAGGUGAUGGCGGCCGCGGUGCUCACCAGCCUCUCCACCAGCCCCCUGGUGCUCGGCCACCCGCCGGCGCCCCCCGCCCCAGCAGAUCCUGGUGGCGAGCCCUGGCUGGAGGCGCCCGCCAUGUCCUCCAGCUGCAGCAGCAGCAGCAACACCAGCGGGGACUGGAGCUGGGACCCCCCCAGCGACCGCUCCACCCCCUCCACCCCCUCGCCCCCGCUCUCCAGCCACGUCCCCGGCGCCUUCCUGCCCGCCCCGCCGCCGGACGAGGGCCCCGACGAGCCCGACGGCACCCACUUCGUCUUCGGAGAGCCCAUCCCGCGGAAGAGGAAGAACUCCACCAAGGUGAUGUUCAAGUGCUUGUGGAAGAGCUGCGGCAAAGUCCUCAGCAGCUCCUCAGGGAUGCAGAAGCACAUCCGAACCGUGCACCUUGGCCGGAAAGCCGACCUCGAGCAGAGCGACGGCGAGGAGGACUUCUACUACACGGAGCUGGAUGUCGACGUGGACUCGCUGACGGACGGGCUCUCCAGCCUCACGCCCGUCUCGCCCACCUCCUCCGUGCCGCCCGCCUUCCCCGGCACGGAGGUGCCGGCGCUGCUGAGCCCCGAGCUGCCGCUGGCCUCCCCCCGCAGCCCCCCGGCGGCCCCCCCCGGCGGCCUCUGCCACGUCCACACCGACCACGCGUACCAGGGCUGCCCGGCCCCCCCGCGGCUCACGGGGGUGGAGAAGCGGCCGCCGGUGCCCCCCCCACCGGUGGCGAUGACGCCGGCGGUGCCCGCCCCGGUGCUGCCCAAGCCGCCCGCUGUCCCCAGGAAGCCGCGGGGGGAGGCCAAGAAGUGCCGCAAGGUGUACGGCAUGGAGAACCGGGAGAUGUGGUGCACGGCGUGCCGCUGGAAGAAGGCCUGCCAGCGCUUCCUCGACUGA